AUGGAGGUGAUGACCGACCACUUUUUCCCGGCGACGCACCUUUGGGAGCCCUGGGUGCGUGUGGAGGACCACAUCAAUACUGGUUUCGUGCUUGUCAAGCCGACUCGGCCAAUACGGUUUCUUAUUGCGGACUUCUUGGACGAGAAUUGGCAAUCAGAGCAGGGAGGUGUGCGACGCGACGGUAUGGAUCAGCGCGUCUUUAACCACUUCAUCGUGCGGCGCAUGAACGCUGAUGUCCCUUUAGUUGUUGGGCGCUACGAUGACAAGGUCUUCGGACGGCGACAAAGCAUUGUGCCUGCCUGGCCAUGGCGACAGGCUUCCAUUCGGAUCUUGGACCCAGCACGAAUCGCACACGGCAUGAACUUCUUCUGGCGCAGAGCGCACUUGCUUGACCCAAAGAUUGGUCGGCUCCCGGCUGUGGCGCAUGUCAAUGGCGCCGACCCGAAGGAGUAUUUCUUGCGUGACCGACAGGUUUGGUUCCUGGACGAUUGGCACGAACGCAUCAAUUCCUCAGUCCGGUUCCUCACGUACGACCAUCCCGGUGGCCAAAGCCUGCAAGGCGACUUUUCCGCCUUGUCUGCUGCCGUGGAGGUCGCGAAAAUACUGAGGCGACGUCUGGUGCUUCCCGACACCAUGAACUGCCGCAAUGCUCCAUCGUACUAUGCGUGGAGCCUGAACAUAACAGUGCAGCGGGAGACAGAAAGUGGGAACUGCACCUUCGAUUAUUUUUCCUGGGCAAAGAACCUUCUGGAUGCGCAUGUCGGCUUUGUGAUCGAGUCUGGUGUGCGGAAGACGCCCGAGUUUCUGCAGCUCGUGGAGGACUCCGCGAUGAGUCUGCCGACAAUUUCAGCGUGGCCACGCGAGGAACGCCAAGGCGAUACUGCAAAGUGGUUGCAGCAAGUGGCGCCCGAAGCAGUCGCGGUGGCUCACGUGGCAGAGGACAUCUUGCAGGUGCGCGAUGCCCUGCGGCAGGCGCUUCAUGCGUCUGUCCUGACCCGAGCCAUGGUUCGAGGAUGGAACUUGAGAAAUGUUGAAGUUCUCAGUGAUUCAGAGGUACAGGUGAAUGUUUGCCGCGACGAUCGAUUUGUGUCACGCUUUGGUAAGGGAGCGCAGUGUGAUCCUGCGCCCGGGCAGGCGGGCAUGUCCUUCUGGGGCUACUCUGAGAAGUUGGAGAUCUUCACCGGCACGCGUUGGGACCUGCCCUGCAACUGUGGCCUCGCGGAGAGCUGUGUGAAGACCAAAGAGCACAAGAUCGACCGGGAAGACCAGCAGUACAUUCGGCAUUGCUGUGCACAUCAGUUGGAGCCGAAACCGCAGGAGCAUUGCAUGUUGGUGCCGGAGCAGCAGCCAAUGACCAUCUAUGGCGACUCCCACUUCUAUUCGUCCUAUCUAUUGAAUGACUUCAUUGACGGCCCAGCUCUCAGCCGCAUGGAUCCAGCGCGCGCGCUGCAGCGCUGCAGUGACCAUCGUGUCCUCUCAGUGCAAAUGGGGGCUUUACGAGAGCUCUUGCAGCGCCUCCUUCCAGAGCUGAGGCUGGGACUCUCUUGGAUUCGGACUCUGGUCGCGCACGGCCCUCAGGCUCUCCUGCACUGUGGCACAAUGAUCUCCGGCCUGUCGCUGUGGCGCGGCCGCUAUGACCGAGCUUUCAAGUGGCUCGAGCACAUUCACUGGGUGCGGCGGCGUCCCGGCAUGCCAAAUCCUUUGUCCUGGGAGACUGGGCGGCCCUCCAACAGUGUCUCAGAGGGCGAUGUUGGAAGCGAGUGGAAGCUUCGGCACGACCUGGAGCAGUCCCGCUACCUGUCGAGGCAGCAGAGGCGCCAACAAGUCUCGCCCUACGCACCGCUUCUGUCGCCAGAGGCGGCAAGCGGCCUGGCCGAGGCGGCAUCCAAGCUACUACAGAUCUUCCAGUCGCAGGGCCCAGAAAUUGCGAAGGCAUCCCUGGAUGCCGAGCUCUCCGGGCUGGGCACCCCAGAUCUGUUUUUGCCGAAGCGUAGGCUCAGGCUUCUGCAAGCAUGCCUUGCUUCCCCAUGGCACAAGGAGUUGCCACCACAACUCACGCAACAACAGAACUUCAGCCGCAUGUCUGCAAACGCCAAUGGUGAGAAGAAGGCGAGUUUUGAGUUUCCGUUUGAGCUGCGUCGCAGUGCGGACGAGACAGUCGGGCUACACUACAGACCAAUCUGCCGCACCGAUAAUUCCUUCGUCGGUUUUGAGGUGACGGAUGUCCUCUACAGCGCCCAGCGUCAGAACGAGGUGCUGCGCAGAUACCGCGUUUCGGAGAUACAGGACCAAACCCUGAAAAAGGGAGACAUCAUCCUGGCGAUCAAUGGAAAGAAGACCCAGUCGGCUAUGACUCACGAGUUGCAAGCAUCACUCGAGCUCUACAUGAGAGUCUGGAGGGACACGUUGGAGGACAAGGAUGACCCUACACCUUUGAUGUAUGUUAUCUCAGAGUACGCCGGAACGGCGGUGGAAAAAGAGGGUGGCUACCUGACAGUAACCAAAAGAAUGCAGAUCCGUGUUCAACGAGACACGCGCGCCCCACCAGAGGAGACCAAUGCCCAUCGCUGCGAUUACAUCUGGGGCUGGCUUCUGGACAAAAAAGUGCACGAGGGCGGCUGGCUGCCCGUGGAUGUUCUGUCCACAGUGAAGAAUGCUUUAACGACUGAAUCAGCUGAGCUGAUACUCACUAUUGGCGUUCCAGUUAUGUGGAUGUUGCGGCUGCACUUCUUUUCUGCACUGGCGCAGCUCACCUUGACACCAGGGUCACUUGCACGGCAUUGCAUGGUUCGUGACAUCAACUUAAGCUUCCUGAACUCUCUCACCAGCUUCUUCUCAGCCUUGACCGGCGGAGAGCUCAGCACUCCGCAACUUCAUCCCAUCAAGCAUCGCGUGCGCUUCGGCUUUGGCAUGGCCAGCAUCUUGCUGACCUUCUGGGUGACGCCCCUGAGGCGGUUUGGAACAGACGACCAGCGCUUGCAAGAGAUCAAGCGCUCCUUGGCAGCGAGGUUCGAUGAGGUCUUUGCCGUUCUCCUCGACGAUUGCCCGCAGGAGCCUUUUGAAGUGGUCCAAGAAAUCAUCGAAGCGGAGUUGGGAGCCUGCAUAGGCGACAUUUUCGAGCAUUUCGACACCCAUGCCGUCGCUGCGGCCUCCAUCGCGCAGGUGCACUUUGCGAAGCUUUCGGACGGCACCGAGGUGGCGGUCAAAGUGCAGUACCCGAGCGUGGAGCGCUUUUUCUACAUGGAUGUUGCAACAGUUUCCUUUGCCAUGCAGUUGCUUGGUAUGGGCAGCCAAGUUCAAGAGAUCUUUUCCACGAUGCAGGACCAGUUCAGACAGGAGUUUGACUUCACUUCAGAGGCGGGUGUGAUGCGCGAGCUGGCCGACAACCUGCUGCCUGAGUUUGGAGAUGAGAUUGAGAUUCCCUUGCCGAUCGACCGAGCUCACCCCUCGUGCCCCGCCUCUGGCGGGCUUUGCACUCCCAAGGUCCUGGUCAUGGAGCGCCUACAUGGAACGCCCAUUCGAAAGUAUUCCAUGCCGCUGAUGAAGAUGUUUGCGGAGGCGUAUGGAAUGACCUGGGAGGAGCUCAAGAGGAUGCUGGACUCUCAGGACUUGUCCAAGGUGGACAUGAGUAACAUGCUUGUAAGACGGGCCCUGCACAUGGGGCGGGUGACCGAGUGUCAGAGCCAUCUCCUCGCAGCUGGCAUCCAGAUAGCGAUAGUGAACGACUUGACCCUGGAUGAGCAGUGGUAUGUGUACCACAAGACACGGGAGCUCAAAGAAGCCUUCAAGAAUGGCGAGGACCCGGAUCGUUUCCGGCUACAGAACCGUGAGGCGGCAGUCUACACCAUCUUCAUGGAGGACUCGACGCGGACCAAAGAAUCCUUUCGCAACGCCGCCGAGUUUCACGGCCUCAAGGUGAAUGUUUUUGAUGCAAAGACCUCCUCCUUCCAGAAGAACGAGACCAUCACGGACACCAUCAAGAUGCUGUGUGGCUAUUCCACCGGGCAAAGUUUGUUCGUGAUCCGCUCCAAGGUGGAGGGUGUGUGCCGGUGGCUGGAGGAGGCGAUUUCGAAGUAUUGCAAGCAGCGGGGCUUUCCUCGAGCUUCCUUCAUCAAUGCAGGAGACGGCCGGCACGAGCACCCCUCCCAGGAGAUGCUCGAUGAGUUCAGCUUCCUGGAGCAGAAAGGCUGGGAUACCUCCAGUAUCCACUUGGCCUUGCUCGGAGAUUUGUUUCAUGGACGCACUGUACAUUCAAAGGUCGAUGGCCUCAGGAUAUACCGAAAGGUGUUCGUCGAUUUGGUUGCCCCCAGUGAACUGGCCCUUCCAAAGAUGUACGAAGAUCGCAUGGUCGCCAGAGGCUACGUGGUGAGGAAGUUCGCAUCUAUCGACGACUACCUGGCCCAAGAGAAGGUGGCAAAGAUCUGGUAUUUCACCCGAUUGCAGCUGGAGCGCAUGGGUGACAAGGUUUUGGAGAAGUCAAAGGAACUUCGAAAGGCCGUGACCAUGAGACAGGACUUCCUGGACAAGCUUCCGCAGGGCGUGAAGUUUUUCCACCCCCUGCCGCGGGACGCCAGACACCCGACGCUGCCAUACUGGCUGGACAGCACGGAGCUCAACGGCUGGGACCAGCAAUCGCAGAAUGGCUACUUCACUCGCAUCGUCCUCCUGGGCAUGCUAGGUGGGCACUUUGGAGAUGAUUAUCGUGUGGACCUGAAGGCGGAGGCCAGGCAACCCGGCAGCCCCAUGCUUUUCAGCCCCAGCCUGCGAGGAGACUUCUCGCCGACGAGUCAGCGGAACGCGAUGGAACUCCCAGAUGAUUUGGAUUUGGGAUAUUCUCCGGCCCUGAUGGCUGCCACAGAUUUCAUCAAGGAGGUGGCGACCUCGCCGGACAUCACUUCUCCGGAGAGGGUAAGCCAGGAGGUGGGGCUGGUGCCCAUCGCAAAUGGGAUCGUCAUCGAGAACCUGGCUGCCGGGCAACCCAUCGAGCAGGUCUGGAGCCUCAUGUAUAUGGUCCGGGACAUCUUGGACUUGCAUCAUGUGGGGGGUCAAGGUGUGCGCAUGUCUGACGAGACGAGCGGUAGCUGUGUAGGCAGCGGCUUCAUUGCAGUGCCCGACGUUGACAUCAGCAGCUGGGACCGGCAGCCCCUGAAGCGCCUGGCUGCGAUGGCCCCGGGGAGUAUGCUGAAGGUGGUCAAGGAUGGCGCCGUCGAGCGCGAGUUCCGUCUCCAAGUCCCUCCGCGGGUCUACAACUUCAAGGACAUCGCCUGCAAGAACACGGCCUGCGUGUCUCACCCAAAGAACAUGCAGCACGAGGUGGAGCCCUUCUUCGAGCGGUGCCGCUCCGGAAACGGCCAAGAUGAUGCGAUGGCCUUCAACUGCAAGUAUUGUGAGACGCAGCACAUCUUCUGGGAGAUAUGGAACUACGACGUCUACCGACCGUCUGAGUUUACGCUUUAG